AUGCUCAUCUUCCUGUUGGUCUUUUGCCGGCGAGCUCGGCUCGGAUGUUGCGAGCCCUGCGGUUGCAGAUGUCUUUGCUCUUGCACCCACCGUUCUUUUUUACCCCCUCCCUGUUUGCUUGCGACCUUCUCGAUUGAGAUGGCGGUCACGUCAACUUUGUGUGGUUGGUCGGUACCUGGACCUCGAUUAGAAAUGGUCCAGGAGAUGCCGUCUUAG